AUGGCGGUGAUGGAGAGCAAGAACAGGAAAUCGGCACUCGAGUCUUUGGAGACGCCGCCGGCAAAGAAGGAGAAGCGCAAGCCGCUGCCGCGGGUCUCAGCCUCACCAGGGGUCAUCCGGUCGGUGGACGAUGCGCAGCCGCUCGGCACGGCACACGCUAGCGGGUGGGACUGGGACUUUGGAACUCUGGGCGGUGGCCUGCGGCCUGUGGCGCGGGCGCUCGCGCGUGGUGUGGUGCGGAUCUUUGCCACGUACGCGUCGUCAACGUCGCACUGCGAAGGCUACCCGUGCCACUCGCGAUCAUCGCUGGCCGGCUCCGGCGCGGUUGUGGCGGUUGUCGCGCACAACGACCACCCGGGCGAGGUUGAUGUGUAUGUGGCAACAAAUAAUCACGUGGUGCCAAGCAAGCACUCGGGGCUCAAGCUCAAGCGGGUGGAGGCGACAGCGGGUGUGUACGCGCCCAAGGAGCGCGACGGACAGUAUCCGCGAUGCCUUAAGCUCUCGUCGCACACCAAGGUAUCAUCGUGGCUCGGCAGCGCGUCGCGGGCGGCAGAACUGACACGUGCAGCCGAUGUGGCAUUUCUCAAGUGCAGUUUUCCCGAGUUUAUGGCCGCGGCGCUGCUUGUGCCGCUGACCCCGGCCGGCGGAAGCGGCGUCGGCGACGAGCUCGUCGGCGUCGGCUAUCCGGGCUCGGCAGUCCUCGGCUACGCCUUUGACAGCAUGUUCAAGCCAUAUCAGCGGACCGCAGUCCAUGGCGCAGCCGUGAAAGCGUCGGAGCCGGACGCUUUUGCCCACACUGCACCGUGCAAGAAGGGCCUCUCCGGGAUGCCGAUGGCAUCGGCGGCGCUCCCGCCGGGCACCUUUAUCGGAGUCCAUCGCGGGCGGCAAGAGGUGCGCAACGGCGCCGCAGGAACGAGCGACCAGCCGACAGCCAACGCCGGUAUAUCGGUCACUGCUCCGACCUUUGCCUGUGGCCUGCUCUCGUACGUUGGCCUUCCAGUUGUCCGCGCCUCGGGCAGCGAGUACGACCGCGCUGAUGUGGCCGAGGUUGUGGGUCGACUCGACCCGUUCUUCACCGCCUCGAGCGAGAUCCUCUCUGCCAGCUGUGGCAAGCAGUGGAGGGCGUGGAAACGGGCGGUUGCGGACGUGCAAGUCGAGUCGCGGAGCGAGGAGCAGCAGGCACGGCAAUGAAACGAGAGCUUGGCCAGCGGCCGAGCUGGGCUGACCUCCC